UGUGUUAACCGGAUAAUAGUUUAAAUCAUCUCGAUAUAUAAACAGUAAAUAACACAAGUGUUUAUGCAGAUACACGUUUACAUACAGAUUGAUUUAUAAAUUAGAUUAGUAACUAUGUCUUCAACAGGUACCGAAAACUACAGUAGAAUUUUGAUGACAUUAAUGAAAGGUGGAACAAAACUAACAAGAAGACUUGUGGAGAAAACAGUUAAAGAUCUUAGCAAGAAUGGUGGAGAAGUUACUAUCGAUGAAUUUUUGCUAAAAAACAAAUCUUUGAUAUUAAAACAGAAAUUGGGAAAGAACAAGCAGGAUGUGUUUUUUCCAUCGUCCGGACACACGAAUCUAGAUAACUGGGACAUUUGCAUGUUCUGUUUUAUUCUAGAAGAAACGUGUGGUCUGACAUAUACUAUGAAGAUGUAUAUCAAGAAGCUUUUAAAGAUCAGAAACAAACUUUGUCAUUCAAAUGACCCAACGUUAGAAACGAGAAAAUUCGAGGAGUAUACUGAACAAAUGAAAUGCAGCUUUGAAUACUGUCUGAAAGAGAUCAAUGAUGACAAGUUUACGGAGGAAAUAAAUGCACUUGUUCAGUCAUUAGCCACUGGUCCUAUGUCGUCACAUGAUUUGCUAAAAGCUGUUCAUAAGCUUUACUUUAUAGAAAUGACAAAUAAAGAAGUCUUGGAAAAAAUUGAGAAUGGCCAAGAGUUGACACAUGGAAAACUUGACACACUUGUUGAAAAGGUUGAAAGACUUGAGUCUCGUUUGCAAUCUGGAGCUUCUGUGGACAUUCCGGGUAUUGGAAUUGUGAUUGACGUAAAAAAUUGUAGUGCAGAAAAAAAGAAAGAAGUUUUAGAUAUUUUAGAGAAAAACUUCAUCAAGGCUAUCGAACAGAAAGUAUCAAGUCUAGAAGAAAGUCUUCCAAAGGGUGUUCUGCAUACAUUACGGGAAACAGUUGCACAAGUAUUUCAAGAGUUUUUUAUCAUGGGAAGACGUAUAACAUUUGUGGAGCAAAAGUGUCUGAUGCUUACAAUAAAAUGUACAUCAGUAAAAAGCUUUGUCAAAAUGAUCCGCGAUUACAGAACUGGAGAGCUCUCUUUACAGCUCUCAACCAUUGAAACGGCUAUAAAGAAUUUGCAAGGUUGUGGCAAUGUACAACUUGAAAAUCUCAUCUUUAAAGAGGAAUUCAUGGAAGUCAUGGAUGACAUAGUUUCCAAAUUAUAUGAACGAGUUCAACAAACCGAGUACACUACCAUACAAACAAGUUCAAAUGCAGAUAAUUCCAUUCGUGUAAGAUCUAAAUUUCCUACACUAUCUGAAAAGGAAACAGUACAAAAAAGUUUAGAAACUAAAAUGUUUGGGAAAGGAAUCAAGCGCAUUGAAUCAGAACUAAGGCGACAGCUGAACGUAGAGAGUAAACCUAUGUCAUUAACAACAAAACUUGUCAAAGAUGAUGCUGUAUCAAAUUUCGGUGAGUCAUAUUGUUUUAUAGAAGUAAACGUGUUGCCAACUUGGUAA